AUGUCAGCUGCUGAUUAUUACGGUACGGGUGACAAUAAACAAUCUUUCAACCGCCCGAGUGCACCACCUCCAAACCAAAGUGGCACCUAUGGUGAUACAAGGGGAUAUGAACAACAAUAUUAUGAACCUCAGAAGGCUUAUUACCAGCAGCCAGGCCCGGGAGUACAACCAGGCCCACAGCAGGGUUACCCACAGCAGGGUUACCCACAACAGGGUUAUGCGCAGCAGGGUCAUCCACCACAGCAGGGUUACUAUGGAGGCCAGCCACAGCAACCAAUUUAUGUACAACAGCAACCGGAAUCUAAGAAGGACAGUUGUCUAAUGGCCUGUUUGGCAGGUGCAUGCUUGUGCUGUACACUAGAUAUGCUAUUCUAA